UUUUAUUUUAUUUCACAUUUGGAAACCAGCAAAAAUGAUGCGUCCAGCAUUUACAAAGGUUGCCAAGCAGCUCGGCAGCCGCAAAGCUGCUGCAGUAACAGCCACACGCACAUACACGACCGAAGCGAGCACCGCCUCGCGGCAGUACGGCGGGCUGAAGGACCAGGACCGCAUCUUCACCAACUUGUACGGACAGCACGACUUUGGACUUAAGGGAGCGUUGAAGCGUGGCGACUGGCACAAGACAAAGGAGAUUGUCCUCAAGGGCGAGGACUGGAUCAUCAAUGAGAUGAAGGCCAGCGGCAUGCGCGGUCGCGGUGGAGCUGGGUUCCCGUCGGGACUCAAGUGGAGCUUUAUGGGAAAGUCGUCGCCUGGCCGCCCGCGGUACCUGGUUAUCAACGCUGAUGAGGGCGAGCCCGGCACUUGCAAGGACCGUGAGAUCCUGCGCCAUGACCCGCACAAGCUGAUCGAGGGCUGCCUGAUUGCCGGCCGCGCAAUGUUUGCCAACGCGGCGUACAUCUACAUCCGCGGCGAGUUCUACAACGAGGCGUCCAACCUGCAGCAGGCCAUCGACGAGGCAUACAAGGCUGGUCUGAUCGGCAAGAACGCCUGCGGCUCUGGCUAUGACUUUGAUGUCUACGUGCACCGCGGUGCCGGUGCGUACAUUUGCGGCGAGGAGACGGCGCUGAUCGAGUCGCUGGAGGGCAAGCAGGGCAAGCCGCGCCUGAAGCCGCCAUUCCCCGCUGACACUGGGCUGUUUGGCUGCCCGACCACUGUUACCAACGUCGAGACUGUGGCCGCUGCGCCCACCAUUCUGCGCCGCGGCGGCUCGUGGUUCGCCGGCUUUGGCGCACCGCGUAACUCAGGCACCAAGCUGUUUGCCAUUUCGGGCCACGUCAACAACCCGUGCACUGUCGAGGAGGAGAUGUCGAUUCCUCUGCGCGAGCUGAUCGAGCGGCACUGCGGCGGCGUGCGUGGCGGGUGGGACAACCUGCUGGCCAUUAUCCCGGGCGGGUCAUCCGUGCCUCUUUUGCCCAAGAGCCUGUGCGACACAGCGCUGAUGGACUUUGACAGCCUGCGCGAUCUGCAGUCGGGCUUGGGCACGGCCGCGGUCAUUGUCAUGGACAAGAGCACCGAUGUCGUACAGGCCAUCGCCCGCCUGGCCUCGUUCUACCGCCACGAGUCCUGCGGCCAGUGUACGCCCUGCCGCGAGGGAUCCAGGUGGCUGGAUCUGAUGAUGGCGCGCUUCGUGAGAGGUGACGCCACUUGCGCUGAGAUUGACCAGAUCCUCGAGAUCACAAAGGAGAUGGAAGGCCACACCAUUUGUGCUCUGGCUGAUGCCGCCGCAUGGCCUGUGCAGGGCCUUAUGCGCCACUUCCGCCCAGAGGUCGAGCGGCGCAUGAGGGACUAUGUCGUUGGGUCGCAGAUCAAGUCCAACGCGAGCUACCGCCCUGAUCAGACCAUUGCCACGGCAUAGUGGUCUUCUCGGUUUUAAGCCAAAUGAAAUGAUGCUGCUUGAAAAAUAUUGACAAGUGUCUUGUUUUUUUUACUUGCAUCCUAUUACCUUUAGUUGUUCUAUUUUUCUCUUCUUUCGUUUCUUCCAUAUACACUUGUUUUUUCUCCUUUGGCUGUUUGAGCAACGUAAACCCAAUUGUCAAUACAAACCUAAACAC